CCCACAUCCUUGCACCGGCUGCCAGGGCAGUGCUGUGCCCAUGGAGAGACCUGUGAAGGAUGGGAUCCUCUAUGUGCAGCACAGCAAAUUUGGAAAGAGGUCCUGGAGGAAGAUGCGAGCCCAGCUCUUCGCUGCCAGCCCGUCCGGCGUGGCUCGGAUGGAGAAGUUUGAUGUGCGGGAUGACGGCACGGCGCUGGAGAAGUCCUCCCUGCGGAGGUGCGCCCGCCGGGUGAUCCGCCUCUCGGACUGCGUCUCCGUGGGGCCCGCCAGCACCGAGAGCUGCCCGAAAGCCACCGCUGCCUUCUACCUCAACACCACGGAGAAGAGCUAUGUGCUGGCGGCCGAGCAGCGGGACGAGUGGAUCUCGCAGCUCUGCCAGCUGGCUUUCCAGGGUGCAAAGCAGGCGCCGCAGAGCAGUGCCAGGACCCAGCCCAACCCUGACAUCCACAUGGAGGAGAACUCCCUCUACUCCUCGUGGCAGGACCUGACCGAGUUCCUGGUGCUGGUGCUCAGGACAGACGCGGCCGCCCGCUGCGGCCUGCACGGGCACUACCUGCUCGCAGCCCUUCCCCAGAGCCUGACGCUGAAGGACCCGCAGUCCCGCCAGCCCCUGCUCACCUGGCCCUACCCCUUCCUCCGCAAGUUCGGCCAGGACCAGACCGUCUUUACCUUCGAGGCCGGCCGCCGCAGCGACUCCGGCGAGGGCACCUUCACCUUCAGCACGCCGCGGGCCCCGGAGCUCUGCCGGGCCGUAGCCGCCGCCAUUGCCUGCCAGCAGCAGGGCAAGGAGGCCCCUGAGCCCCGGCUGCCCGCCCCGGGCACUGAGCCCCAGCCCCGGGGGCCUGGCGCUGAGGAGCUGCCAGCCGGGCCAGCCGCGGGGAGGGCGCAGCCUGACUCCCAGGCGCCCUUGGGCCUCCUCCGCUUCCCACCUCCGGAGCCCGACAGCACUGGCCCCAUCAUCUACGCCUCCAUCGCCCGGGGCCAGCAGCCGCUUCUGGGACCGACGCAGCCCUGGGCCGUGGGGAAGCCGGCCGCCGAGCACCUCUACGAGAACAUCUUCGCGGCGGAGCCGGCGCGCGCUGAGGAGGAGCAGGAGGAGCAGGAGGGCGGGCGGUGGGAGCUGGGGUACCGGCAGGCCCCUGAGGGCCGCAGCGGUGAGGUGGGCCCCAUCUACGACAACCGGGCUGCAGUGGCAGCGGCUCCAAGUUGGGGCGGCCCACAGCCCCCCGGCCCCCCGGAGCAGCGCUGGGGCCCGGCGGGGCGCUGCGCCCAGGACGAGCCCCCCGGGCCCAAGCCCCAGAGCAACCUCAAGGCCAAGCUCGUUCGGCUGCUGAGCAGGGAGGCCCCCGCCCCCGGCCAGCGGGACUGGCUCUGACCGGGCCGCUGCGGCUCGGCGCUGCGGGGAAUAAAGAGCCUG